AUGGUGCUCCAACAAAAUGAGCCCGCGCCAUACGCGACUCAAUCCUCCUUGUCCUUUACCCAGGGGUUCCUUCUCGGCCAACUCUCAGUAGUACUACUGAUAGGCGCUUUCAUCAAGUUUUUCAUUUUUGGUGAAGCGCCUCCCCCUCCAUCGCGGGGCAUGUCGAACCGCACAACACACCGCCGCAAUAGCUCGGUCUAUAACCCCCCUCAAGAUAGCCAAAAGUCAUUACGAGAAAAACCGUCCACGUCGAAUGUUCUUCGCCCUGUACCUUCUACCUCUACAAACACCCGCUCCAUCCUCCGCAAAACAUACUACAGUGCCAUUCCUACCAACCCUACGAGCAAGCAGGGCCGACACCGCAUGCAUCACUCCUCACAUCAACCCGAGUCGCUGGACUGGUUCAAUGUGCUCAUUGCACAGACAAUUGCUCAGUAUAGGGAGACAGCAUAUUCCCUCAAGGACUCACCCACUUCGUCAAUCCUCAGCUCGCUAACGGCGGCCAUGAACAACCCGGAGAAGAAACCAUCUUUCAUAGACCAGAUAAAUGUGACCGAUAUCUCAUUGGGCGAAGAGUUUCCCAUUUUCAGCAACUGCCGCAUCAUCGCCGUUGACGACCCCAUGUCCGACGGUGGACGGCUACAGGCGCUACUGGAUGUCGACCUUAGCGACGACAACCUUUCUAUUGCUGUCGAGACAUCCAUGGUUCUGAAUUAUCCCAAACCUCGCUCUGCCAUUAUACCAGUAGCGCUGUCAGUUUCAGUUGUGAGAUUCUCAGGAACACUUUGUAUAUCCUUGAUCCCAGCAUCGACCGAACCCCCAGAACCACUCCAAACACCUGAUGGAUUACCAGCGCACCCCACAUCAGACCCAGGGAACAACGCAGGGAAUCGACCCCCUGGUCCCGGAGAGCACACAAGCUCGGAAGACCACCUCCCACCGAAAAGCAGCCCGAAAAGCAACGUCGCAUUCUCCUUCCUCCCAGAUUACCGUCUCGACCUCUCCGUGCGCUCACUCAUCGGAUCCCGCAGCCGACUGCAGGAUGUACCGAAGAUAGCGCAACUAGUCGAAGCGCGAGUCCACGCAUGGUUCGAGGAGCGCGUCGUCGAACCUCGAGUUCAAGUUGUCGGACUUCCAGACCUAUGGCCGCGCAUGGGCAGAACAGGCGUCCGGACCGGGGAGGACUCGGAUGCUGGAUCAACGGCACCACCGCGCAGCGUGAGUUCUACCGAUGUGGCAGGACCACCGCGGUUCUCCGACGAUCAUGCUCGGGAGCUGGAGGGGCUGCGGUUCCGUGGGGGCAUGUUAGGGCUUGGUGCUGGCUCGCGCACGACUAGUUUUAAUGUUGAUAUGGGUGGCUUGCGCAGCUCGAGUAUGUCGAGGCAACAGAGCGGCGGUGCUACGAGUGACCAUUUUGAUAUGCCUGGUGCCAUGCCGGCGAGUACGCCAUUGGGGACGCCUGGCAUCCCAGACCAUUGA